GGUCCGCCGCGCGCGCGGAGGGCGGAGCUGCGGGUCUCGCGCCCCCGGUUACAGACGAGCACUGCUGGGGCGGAAAGGCGUCACUUCAGCGCAAAAACACACCGAGAGAAAGAAAGAGAGAAUCAACACGCACGGGCUUCCCGUUAACCGACCAAAACCGAGAGAAGAGGCGUCGAUCCGUCGAGUGUGAUUUUCCUCCGCAGCGCUGAUGGAUCUAAACGCGACCACCACCCGACCCGAGAGCGUUUCACCCCCAUCAUCUUCACCACCACCGGACCGCCGCUGAAGCAUCACCCGCCCGGCCCAAACCGAACCCGAUGCGCCGCUUUAAUGCGAACAGAAGCCUCCGUCCGGUUACAUUCACCUCCACCGUGACCCAAGAGCCUCCGCAAUGAACAUCUAGAAUAUCAUCAUCAGGCGAUGGGAUGAAAAUGAGACGUCACAGAGUGUUCCUGAUUUGCACGGUGGGGUUGUGUGUCAUUUCCUUCCUGCACUACUACAAAGCCCUGCACUAUGUGUCUCUGCUGAGGGAACUGUCUGCACCUUACCCCAAAAUCAGAUCCUUCAUCAUGGUAACGGGUUUCUUCUGGAAGGACGGCUCCUCUCCGCUGACCAGCGCGUCUCCGGAGAAAGGUCCUCCUCUGGUCUACCGACCAUUGGAGAUUAAGCCCCAGGUGACAGGAGGAGAUAGCGGAGAACCUGAAGCACCACGGCCGUGGAGGAGACCUGAAGAUCUACAGCGCAGGAGCUCAGUCACUCCCGAGGUUCAGAGGGGAAAUUUGGUCAUCUGGCCACCCAGUAGUCCACCCAAUCACAAGCCAGAUCCAAAAAGAGGAGGAAGUCCUGCGAGAGCCGUAGUGAAAAAUCCUCAGGCCCGACAAACAUCUAAUCUGGACCCUCUGCGAUCGCUGGGAGACCUACACCGUCGCCGUCACAUCCUUAAGGACGAUCCCAACAAGUAUUUCAUUCGCACCAAAGCGGGCGCUCUUUGUUUCCGUGAAGGCACAGAGGCGGCACCCCCUAAAGAUGAGACAUUGAAAGUGAGACCCACGCUAGUUAGAGUAGGUCAGCGUGGAAUACUGCAGAUGCGCAACGAGUCCAAGAAUCAAGGGAAAUCCCUGGAGGAUCAAGGUAAGCAAAAGCGGGGAAGACGGCUGGUAAAGUGCGUCUGUAGGCCGGGUUGGCACGGUCCGUACUGCGGAGUGCCCACCAUGGUCUAUCACUCCAACCUGCCCACCAAGGAGAGACUGACGCCACGUGAGAGACCCCGACGUGUCAUCAACGCCAUCAACGUAAACCACGAGUUCGACCUGUUACACGUGCGCUUCCGUGAACUUAGCCAGGCUGUGGACCUUUUCCUUGUGUGCGAGUCCAACUUCACGGCGUACGGGGAGAGACGACCGCUGAGGUUCCUCAAUAUGCUGCUCAACGGAACGUACGAGUAUGUUCGGGAUAAGAUCCUCUACGUCUUCCUGGACCACUUUCCCGAUGGUGGCCGCCAGGACGGGUGGAUUGCCGAUGAUUACCUGCGCACGUUCCUCACCCGUGAUGGAAUGUCUCGAGUCGUGGGCUUGCGGUCGGAUGACGUUUUUCUUAUAAAUGAUGCAGAUGAAAUUCCGGCUCAGGAAGGAGUGCUUUUCCUCAAAUUGUUUGACGGCUGGACGGAGCCCUUUGCCAUCCACAUGCGGAAAUCCCUGUACGGAUUCUUCUGGAAGCAGCUGGGAUCCCUCGAGGUGGUGUCAGGGUGUACCGUCGGAAUGCUAAGGGACGUCUACGACAACGACGGCAUUCGGCUCCGCAGACGGGAAUACUACACCAUGUCGGGAUUCCGAAAGUACGAGAACGACACCGGCCACAUCUUGGUGCAGUGGUCCGUCGGAAGUCCGUUCCAUUUUGCGGGCUGGCACUGUUCCUGGUGUUUCACACCCGAGGGGAUUCACUUCAAACUCAUUUCGGCCCAGAACGGAGAUUUUCCUCGGUGGGGAGAUUACGAGGAUAAACGGGACCUCAACUACAUCCGUGAGCUGAUUCGAACGGGUGGCUGGUUCGACGGCUCCGUACAGGAGUAUCCGCCCUCGGACCCUAAGGAACACAUGUAUGCUCCCAAAUUCAUGCUAGAUAAUUACAAUCGCUAUCGUUACUUGUUGGAGAACCCUUACUCCAAGCCAGCACGACCGUAGUAGAGCGGCACAGGGAUUUUGUAAAGAUGGUUGACAAUAAAGGAACGAAGCAGCGCUGGGGGUCGAGGAGAUGCCAGCCGACGGUCUUUUACCCUUUGACCUGGACUAGGCCAAUGGCAGAACCUUCAUCUCAUUAUCAUUUGCAGAGUUUUGCUAGAUGUUUACACGAAUGGUUUUCUUUUGAAAAACUAUGACAGACUCGGCUCUCGACACUUCUGGUGUUAAUAGUAAAUGACUGUCCGGCUCUUUCUGCGUGAGGAUGUUUGUGUGUUUGUGUGAUCAGAUUGUCAUCUGUCUCUCUUGCUUGCACUUCAGAAUCAAGAACAAAACACAUUCUACAGUUCCUCAAGACCCAAAAAUAAUCUUUUCCUCAGUCAGAAAAUAAUCUUUGUCUAUCAUUGUGAGAUCUUCUGAAUACGUUUGUGGACCAGAGAGAGAGAGAGACAGAGUAAUCUCAGUCACAAUAUAAAUAUUAAAGGUGCACUGUGUAGAUUUUUUUGUGCAAUCUAGUGGUGAGAUUGUGAAUUGCAACUAAUGGCUCAGUCCACAUUUCACCCCUCCCUUUCGAAACACAUAGUAAAGCUACGGUAGCCGAGAGAGAGUUAUGAGGUAGGGCUGGGAUAAAUUAUUAUUUUUUAAAUUAUUAAUCUAGCAAUUUUUUUUUUUCGAUGCAUCGAUUAAUCUAACAAUUCAUUUUUCCGAUUCGAUUCUUGAUUAUCUCCCCAUUAAUUAACUAAUAGCAAUUUAUACAUGUUGAUUUGCAUAUCUGAAUAUAAAAAACAUAAAUUCCUUAACACUGCAAAAAAUAAAAAAGACUAUACAAGUUCGAAGUAAUGCAUUCUUAGUCAGAGGUAGCAUUCAAUAAAACGUUUUGAAUACUGUGCAGUUUAUUAACAGUAUAAAAACCUCAAGUUACUUUAUUUUACAUGCAUUUAUGAGCAAAACCUCUUCAAUGUGCCUUUUGAUGGUCAGUGUAAUUUUUAUAACUAGAUUUGUUUAAUCAACAUUGUUUUCGUGCUGUUCUCCAUGUACUCGAUGUACUCCAUGUAAUGACAGAUAUAAACACAAUUAUAGACUUAAGAAGCACAUAGAUUAUUAAAUCUCUUUCUCUUAAGUUUGUUAAGAUAGAAGAGGAAGCAGUUAGUGCUGGACAGAAAGUCUUCUGGCAACAGUGUGUUUUAAAUAUUUCAUUGCUUUCUGUUAAAUUGCUCAAAGUCAUGACUGUUUAAAACACACUUGGCAUCGCAUUCAUGAUUUUAUGGUAAAAUUACACUUUUUCACGUCAUUCCACGAGCAUUUAAACCAUAAACAAAGCACUGUCACUUUAAUUGAGUGUGAGCAGCGCAGCAAAAAUAGAAUGCAUGCUUAUUAACAUGGACGCUGAAAAAAACACGCGCCGCUUACGCACUGCUCACACUUGCGAGGAGCAACUCGCGUUGUUACCUUGCUACUACUCUCCGGCGCCGCCAUUUUGGGUCUGACGAAUUGACACGCAUAUUUUGCGUCUACGUAUUUUUUGCGUCGACGUCAUUGAUUACGUCAACGCGUUGUCCCAGCCCUAUUAUGUAGAUUAUAUUGCUUUUCUGUCAAGAGACCCUUCUUAAAGUUACACACUGCACCUUUAAUAAUCAUUUGAUACUGAAAAAGUUUGCUUAAAAUAAUUGAGUUUAUUGGAUUAUUUUACCCCAUAUUUAUGUGUGUUAAGCAACAUCACACAGAAGAUUAACCCAUUAAAAUGAGUUUGAGUCUGAUGUUGAAGUGUUUUAAUGAGUUAAUCGAGACGGCUGAAGGGUUUGUUGGAUUUUUCUUGUUACACAGAUCAGAACGUGUUUACCAAAAAUACUGCUGAGGAACUUCUCUGUUCUCAUAAAAUCAACAGAUUACAUUUACGAGGAAAGUCACAUGGAUUGUUUUCACAUUAUUUGCAUGAAUGAUAACGUUUAAGUUAUUUUUCAAUGCAAUGAAAGUGAGCAGUAACUGAUCAACACAAACCCUGUAAGACGACUGAGAGGAGAAAGUGUCUGCUGCUAUAAACAGAGAUCUGUUAUGAGAGUUAUUCUGGUAAAGGUUCGGCUGUGCUUCAUUACAGUCGUCUCUUACAGUAACUCAACGCCUCUCUGAUGUUAGAAACACAGCUAUGAGAACUAAUCAUUUAAUCAGACUCAGAUGAAAUUGGAUUAAAAAGCAGACAUUUCUAGCUGAGGUUGCUGAUGAAUAAUCUCUAAUAGUUCAUGUAAUAUUAUUAUACAGGAUAAUAUCUGCAGUAUUCAGCCCACAGAUCUCUUAAUUCAUUUCAAUCUCUCUCUCUCUCUCUCUCAUCUUGUCAUAUUUGUUUUGUGUUUGCUGUUGUAAAUGUUGUUGCUGUUUACAUUAUUUAUCUUAUUUAUUACUCUCCUGUUUCUGUGUAGAUAAAGGGAAGAUUUGUUCUGUUGGUAAAGCUUGUGUACUGUCCACAUGUACACAAACACACACUCAUGUCUACAUCACACACUGAUGCGCAGUCGAGUUUGUGUUGUCAUACGCUUGUGUUUAGUGUCUUCUGAAUCAGUGUUUGUCACCGACACACAACUCAUUCAUAUAUAUAACACACGGUCAGUGUUAAUAAUAACAGCUUUAUCAUGAAACACAUAUGGAUUCAAAAUAACAGAGCCCUUUCUUCUAAUGAUGAUGAUGAUGAUGAUGAUGAUGAUGAUGAUGAUGAUGAUAUGAAGAGUUUGGUUCCAAAACGAGAAAACUUUACAUUUUUCAAAAAUCUCAAUCAAUCAAACUGCAGUUGGUUUGUUUUGAUUUAAGCCUUCAUAACUGGGGAAAUAUAGUAAAGUAUCACAAUAAAACACAAUAAAAACAUCAUAACAUUAUAAUAAACAUGUUUUGACAACAUUUAAACAAAAUAAGUUAUAUCUUCACAUAUACAGACACAUACAGAUGUGAUGUUUCAGGUCGCUGUGCUGUCAUAUUAGCUUCUCAUUGGUGAUUUAUUCUGCGCUGUUUGCUUUAAUAUAUUAAAGGAUAUUUUUGUUUUUAGUUUAUACAUUUUGGUUUAAAGUGUUGAAAGUUUUCUCAUUUCACUGUUUAAUCUCUGUUACCACUCAUAUAACAUUAAGAUCAAUAUAAUGAUGAUCAAUAUGAUUUUGACACUAAAUCAUGCACUGAUUUAAAUAAACAUCAACAUCAACUGGUGUGUCUAUAACCUAUAGAGAGUUCAAUGUCUCUCUCUCUCUCUCUCUCUCUCUCUUUCAUCUGAUCACAUUAAGCGUGUUUGUGAGAGUUUCUCAUGUUCAUGUAUUUCAUUUAAACUGUAAAUGUCAUAAUUCCUCAGAUUAAACACUAAAGAGAGUGAAAGGGUUUGAUGAGAAGAUUAAGGAGAGUUUAUACAAUCCUUUUGUUUUGUGUACAUGAAUGGCUAUAUGUUAACCUUAAAAAACAUACAAAUAAAUUCUAUGACAAAGAAAUAUAAUAAAUUAAUUACAAAAAGUG